UAAUCUCAUUGAUGGAGACACAGAUAAAGAGAGAGACAGAUCUGUUCACAGAGGAUCUAUGGGAGAUUAUACUAGCGAGAUUACCAUUAAAGAGCAUCAUCACCACUCCCAAACUCGUUUGCAAGCAAUGGAAAUCAAUCGUCGAGUCUCGUUCUUUCCGCGACCGUUUCAAAUCUCUUCACCAAAACUCACAUCCUUCUUCAUGGUCUCUCAUGUGUAGAGGUUGUGAGACAGAGGUCAUGUCUCAUUACGGAUCAGACAACUGGAAUCUGAAACGUUCUCUUGGUUCUUACAUCUCUUCAUUCCUUACCGACAAGUUCGAGAACUACAAUGAAGCUAGAGUCGUGUCUUACACGGAAGUUGGUUUGGUUUUAAUACAUCGUGUGUCGAAUCAAUCUUUCUUUGUAGCUAAUCCUGUUUCAAGACAAUGUGUAGAGAUCCUUCCUCUACCUUCAGAAAGAUAUGAACGUUUCUGGAUUUUGGGAAUUGCCACAAGAGUUGAGAGCGGCGUCGUUUUAGGUUACAAAGUUGUUUUGUUAAAACCUAACUUUACUUUUCUUAUAUAUUCAUCUGAGACAGGCUUGUGGAGUCUCGACAGUGCAAAUUUUCCUUUCACUUUUAUAUCUCAAGAGUUUAACAAUCCCAUUAGCUUGAAUGGGAGUCUUCAUUGGCUUGCACAUAGUCCUGACUAUCAAGAUUUCGUUGUAUCAGUCGAUUUCUACGCUAAUGAUACGGUCUCUGAUCGAUGUCGUGCUACGCCUUUUCCUGAUCUAGAUAGAGUUCCCAAGUUCAGAAGAUCUUGCACAACUUCUCAAGGGUAUCUCAUGUAUAUGAACAUAUUCUCUGUAAAGAAAGAAGAUGGAAAUCUAGAGGAUAAGUUAUGUAUAUGGAGGCUAGAGAGCUGGGAGUGGCGAUUGGUAGUAUCUGAAAUCUCUUUGGAUUCUAUUAGGGACGGUUUCGAUUAUAUUCCGUUGGGAAUAAACCCUUUUGAUCCUAAAACAGUAUACUUUUGGCAUCGGCAAUAUUUGUUAUCUAUUAACUUGCACGAGGGAGAAGUUGAAGCCCACGAUGCGAUGAAACGUAGCAGCGAUGGCCGCAUUCUGAAUUGCCGUGAUUGCCCGAAAGAUGUGAAUUACAUUUUGGAAUCAAACUUUGCCUCGUUCGUUCUCCCACAAUGGAUGCAUCCGUUCCCGAGCACGGUGAGGAGAGUUUAG